AUGUCGUCUUCCGGAGCCCCUCCCGCACCGUCCGCCGACGAGCUGCCGUUCGGCCCGGUCUCUCGCCACAUCACAACCCACAACGAGCAAGGCCGCGCCGUCUUCUCGGAUGCCUUCCCGGUCCACGUCACCCCGGACCCGCUGCCCAACAUGUACUUCCACACCUGCUUCACCACCCCGGGCCAACCAAUCAACAUGGACGGCGAGCAAGACCUGACGGCCUACUCGGCCAACCACCCGCGCAUGCCCACGCUCCACCUCCCCUCGGGCAGCGUCCUGCGCGUCGUCGACUUCGGCCCGCACACGGGGCCUAUGAUGCACCGCACCGAGUCGCUCGACUACGGCAUCGUGCUCAAGGGCGAGGUCGAGUGCCACCUCGACGACGGGGCGAUGCGCACGCUGAAGGAGGGCGAGAUCAUGAUCCAGAGGGGGACGAUGCACGGCUGGAAGAACGCGACGGAUCAGUGGGCAAGAGUCAUCUUCUGCCUGCAGCCUGCGAAGCCGGUCGAGGUCAAUGGCGAGGAGAUGAAGGAUGAUAUUCCGUUUAUGAAGGUCAGCCCGGAGAGGCAGGCGGAUUAUGAGAAGUUUAUGGCGGAGCAGGCUGCCAAGAAACAGUGA